CUAAUGGCGGCGGCCGCCUGAGCCGGGCGGGCGGCAGAUCGGGGCCGCCAGAGGCGCGCGGCUGGACCUUCCGGGGCGCCGCUCCCCUCCCGACGGCGGCUUCCCUGCGGCGGCGGCGGGCUCGGCGCGCCAUGGACAGGCCAGCGGCGGCGGCGGCGGCGGCGGCGGGGGGCGGCGAGGGCGGCGGGGGCCUGGGCCCGGGGCCGGCGGGCGGCAGGAGGCCCCCUCGGGUCGCGGGGGCCCCCGCCGCCGGCUCCCGGCAGCCCAGCGUGGAGACCCUGGACAGUCCUACAGGAUCACAUGUUGAAUGGUGUAAACAGCUUAUAGCUGCUACAAUUUCUAGUCAGAUUUCAGGUUCAGUGACAUCAGAAAAUGUAUCCAGAGAUUACAAGGUUCUCAGGAGGCCUGAUACAAGGAAUAUUCAUAAAACAAGACAAAGAUUGGCUCUAAGGGAUGGAAAUAAGCUGGCACAGAUGGAAGAGGCACCCCUUUUCCCAGGAGAAUCAAUCAAGGCCAUUGUGAAAGAUGUCAUGUAUAUCUGCCCAUUUGUGGGAGCAGUGAGUGGCACCCUGACAGUGACAGACUUUAAGAUGUACUUCAAGAAUGUAGAGAGAGACCCGCAUUUCGUCCUCGAUGUCCCCCUGGGAGUGAUCAGCAGAGUUGAGAAGAUAGGAGCGCAGAGCCAUGGAGACAACUCUUGUGGCAUAGAGAUCAUGUGCAAGGAUAUGAGGAACUUGCGACUUGCUUAUAAACAAGAAGAACAGAGUAAACUAGGGAUAUUUGAAAACCUCAACAAACAUGCAUUUCCUCUUUCCAAUGGGCAGACACUCUUUGCAUUCAACUAUAAAGAAAAAUUUCCAGUGAAUGGAUGGAAAGUUUAUGAUCCAGUAUCUGAAUAUAAAAGACAGGGCUUGCCAAAUGAGAGUUGGAAAAUAUCCAAAGUAAACAGUAAUUAUGAGCUCUGUGACACCUACCCCGCCAUCAUUGUCGUGCCAACUAGUGUAAAAGAUGACGACCUUUCAAAAGUGGCAGCGUUUCGAGCAAAAGGCAGAAUCCCGGUGUUGUCAUGGAUUCAUCCAGAAAGUCAGGCAACGAUUACCCGUUGCAGCCAGCCGCUUGUGGGUCCCAAUGAUAAACGCUGCAAGGAAGAUGAGAAGUACCUGCAAACGAUCAUGGAUGCUAAUGCGCAGGCCCACAAACUCAUCAUCUUUGACGCCCGGCAAAACAAGGUCGCCAGCACCAACAAGGCAAAGGGUGGGGGCUAUGAAAGUGAAAGUGCAUACCCAAACGCAGAACUCGUGUUCCUGGAGAUCCACAACAUUCACGUGAUGAGAGAGUCGCUGCGAAAACUGAAGGAGAUCGCGUACCCGGCCAUCGACGAGGCGCGGUGGCUGUCCAACGUGGACGGGACGCACUGGCUGGAGUACAUUCGGAUGCUUCUUGCUGGGGCAGUAAGAAUUGCUGAUAAAAUAGAAUCUGGGAAAACCUCGGUGGUGGUGCACUGCAGCGACGGUUGGGACCGAACAUCCCAGCUGACGUCUCUGGCCAUGCUGAUGUUGGACAGUUAUUACCGCACCGUUAAAGGAUUCGAGGCUCUCAUAGAAAAGGAGUGGAUAAGCUUUGGACAUAGGUUUGCACUGCGAGUGGGCCAUGGCAAUGACAACCAUGCAGAUGCUGACCGAUCCCCUAUAUUUCUUCAGUUUAUUGACUGUGUUUGGCAAAUGACGAGACAGUUUCCUUCAGCAUUCGAGUUUAAUGAACUAUUCUUGAUUACAAUUUUGGAUCACCUUUAUAGCUGUCUCUUUGGGACUUUCUUGUGCAACUGUGAACAGCAGCGACUGAAAGAGGAUGUAUAUACAAAGACUAUAUCUUUAUGGUCUUAUAUCAAUAGCCAGCUGGAUGAAUUUUCUAAUCCCUUCUUUGUGAAUUAUGAAAACCACGUCCUAUAUCCUGUUACUAGUCUGAGUCAUUUGGAAUUAUGGGUGAACUAUUAUGUGCGAUGGAAUCCACGAAUGAGGCCUCAGACGCCCAUCCACCAGAACCUCAAGGAGCUGCUGGCCGUCCGCGCGGAGCUGCAGAAGCGGGUGGAGGACCUGCAGCGGGAGGUGGCCGCGCACGCCUCGGCCUCGUCUGAGCGGGGCUCCUCGCCGUCACACUCGGUCACGCCCGUGCACACGUCGGUCUGACGCCGCUGUCCCUGCGGCCCGGGCGGGGCACCUGCGACUUGUCCGAUUAAGGCCCGUGCCCGCCACGUCUCAACGGCGCUUUCCACCAGUGACCGACCGUGUGCUAGGGGACAGCGUAAGUGCUGUUGUGUCGUCAACACCCUUUUCCCUCCUGCCAGCGCCUUCCCAGGGCCGAGUGGGGGACACUCGAGCGAGCGGAACGCAGGGCUCAGGCUCAAGGUGGGGAAUCCUCGUGAAAAGCCACCCCGCUCCCCUAGUGGCCACGUGGCAGCCCCGUGGCUCCUUCCAGCUCUCCGCUGCCCCUCCAGGGCUUUUCAGUUAACUCUGUGCCGGGGAAGACAGGCCGUCACCGUCUUCCCCAGGGCCUCCUCGCGCCAGGGGUCCUCCGGUACCACUUCUUGUUGUGUACAUAUAAGGUAUUUUU